UGCUCCCGAGUGGUCUGCUGUGUUCAACAUGCCGUGCUCCGAGCAUGUCAACGACCUCGCCACCGUCGUCCUGUACGCCAGAGACAGUCAGCAAGGCAACCUGGUCAUCGGACACAUCGCUGUGCCAGUCCUCCGCGUCCGCCAGGCCAUGAGGGAGGAAGGAUGGUAUGAGAUGAGGACGCAGAAAGGAGAGGUCGUGUCUAGCCCCACGGGCAAGAGCUCGAUCUUAGUUCGCUUCUUCUGGAUCGAUCAUGCCAAGGACUGGUCGGAGCAGUCGAGAAGCGAAGGCAAGGAGCCUUCUGGCAUACAGAAGGAGAACCAAGUCUUCAUGUAGCGAUUGAGAGUAAUAAAUGAUGAAGUGC